GCAGGCCUUGUUGUCUGUAUAUAUGCUGACACUUAUAGUGCGGAUGUAGAACACAACAUUGUGGAAAUCACGAUGAAAAAAUUAACGCGUAUUGCUUGCUUUGCUAUCUUGGCUCUGAUAUUGUCGCCACUGGUUCCCGCUGUUAGUAUCGAUGACUUGAUAAGGGACGCGGCCAUAUCGCCUCGGGCUUUGGAAGACUUCGUGCCCCUUGGCGAUAAGUCCGAGUUCAUGGUGGUUGAGUUGGACAUCAAGAUCAGGAGAGAAGAAUGGGAGGAAAUCACUGGAGGGGAAGAAGCCGUGACGCGCGGACGGAUCGGGGAUUUUCGCAGGCGCAGGCGUAGACGCAAGCGGAACGCAAUCAAGGACAAGCGAUGGACAUACAGGGAGGUGCCGUACCUCAUCUCAAAUAUUUUUACUCAGGACCAAAUAUCAGAGGCCAUCUCAGCCAUCGACGACUAUGAGCGAAUGACCUGUCUCAGGUUUAGACCAUCAACAGACGAUGAUGUCAACAAGAAGAGGCUGUUGUUUUCCAGCGGUGAUGGCUGCCGGUCUAAUGUCGGCAUGCAAGGAGGGGACCAAUCUAUUGAACUUGCCCCGGGAUGUAGGAGGAAAGGAAUAAUUAUGCAUGAGAUCGGCCACGCGGUUGGGAUGCAUCACGAACAGACACGACCAGACAGGGAUAGUUACGUUGAUGUCCACAUGAACAACAUCAUUGCAAGCAAGCGGCCAAACUUCAUGAAGAAGUCAGAUCGGUUCAUCGAUGACCAUGGCGUUCCCUAUGAUUACCUCAGCAUGAUGCAUUACGGUGAGAAGCAUUUUUCUUUUAAUGGAAAAUCAACGAUCGUGACGAAGGACCCAGCUUUCCAGAAAGUGAUUGGUCAAAGAGAAGGUUUCAGUUUCAGGGAUGUCAAGAUGAUCAACCUCAUGUACGACUGCGCUAGUGAAUGUCCGAAGAAGACCUGCCCAGGCGAGGGAUUCGUCGGCAAGGAUUGCAAGUGUUGGUGCCCCUCUGACCUUGAACUUGAUGUCGUGGAGGAGUGCGGCCCUGACGUUCCGUCCGUUCCAUCGACGACGAUCAGAACAACCGCAGCGCCGCCUACAACCGCUGCACCAGGCAGUUGCACAAACGAAGCGCGUUACCACGCCCAGUGCCAGGGGUUCGCAGAUAGAGGCUUCUGCUCCGGAAGAUAUGAAAGGUUUAUGCACCUCAACUGCCGAGCCACCUGUGGACUCUGCGGAAUGACAACACGAAGAACUACAACACCAACGACGACAACAGCAGCAAGAAAUUGCCGCGACCAGCAUCGAUCCUGUGCAUCAUGGGCAUCGACAGGCGAAUGUCGGAAGAACCCGCGCUAUAUGCUGGUGUCAUGUGCAAGAUCAUGCAACUCUUGCCCAACAGUGGCUCCUCAAGUGGGAGGAGGCUGUACGGAUGAUAACACUCACUGUGACUACUGGGCAAGAACUGGAGAAUGCCAAAAGAAUCGUCCCUACAUGCUGGCGAACUGUGCACGAUCGUGCAAUGCCUGUCAGACAAGGACGAGCGCUGUUGUCAUUUCAUGUACGGACCAUAGGUCAACAGACUGUCCGCAGUGGGCAGGACGAGGAUUCUGCUCCGCCACACAGUUUGUAAGCUACAUGAGAACCAACUGUCGGAAGUCGUGCAGGAUUUGUACUGCCAGUGCGGGGUAUUAUGGGUAGAGCCUUGCUGCAUCGUAUCGCGCAGGCAGGGAUGGGAUAUCUGAACUUUUGGAAGGAGAAUGGAAUUGCCGCGAAUAGCGGUGAACGCGACCUCUUGCAGGGCCUCGUGUUCUGCCGUGUUUUACAAAUAAGAUCAAUAAAAGAAGUUUCAAUAUCUCGACUAGAAGGCGACUGAUGUGUUGAUAGACAUUGAUUGGGCAGGCGAAUACGCCCAGACUUUUGACUGACUGGUAACAGUAUGCCGUGGUCCAGUCCCACCACCUAUGGCCAUCAGUAUGUGUAUGGAAGUCUGUCGUUCUACAGGCAUUGCGAAGAAACUGAACGCUGUAGGAUGGUACUAAAAAAAAGUGCAUCUAAUGCGUGUUAUGAUAGGGGGACGAAACAGUGUCACAAUGAUUCGAUUAUUCGAUUGGAAAUAAACUUUUCAUUUAUUC